GUGUGUGUGUGUACGCUGUCAGAUCUAAUGUCUCCUCUCUCUGUGUGUGUUGUUACAGAUGCCAUGUUGCUGGUAGCUGACCGGCUGGAGGGACCCUUCAACAUCGAAGCCAUCAUGGAACCCAUAGAUGUGAAGAUCUCUGAAGCCAUCAUGACCAUGCAAGACAACAGCAUGACAGUUUCAGCUAAGGUGUUCCAGGGGUGUGGUCAGCCCAAGCCGUCUGGGAUGGGCAGCAGCAGAUCAGCCAGGGGGAUCUCUGAUGUCUUCAACGCCCGUUUCAGACCCUACAGCCCAGAGGAGAGACCCACCACGGCAGCUGGUACCAGCCUGGACAGACUGAGGAUAGUGUGGAGGACAAUGCAACACAGCGUGCUAGACAUUAAGAAGAAGCUGAACCAGUCCAAAAGGUUCUGGUCAAACCUGCCAGAUCAGAUCUGUAUAAAAGACAAGUUGACCGAGUCAGACGAAGAGCAGUGCUGGAACAGUCACGCCAAGGCCAGGUAUUUCCCCGAGGUGGUAAAGGACGGCCUCACCAACCAGCUGAACAACCCGGAGGUGGCGGUGGACAUCAGUAGACCGGACACUCUGAUUCGCCAACAGAUCAUGACGCUCAGAGUGAUGACCAACAAGCUGAGAAACGCCUACAACGGCUACGACAUCUUCUUCCAGGACUCCAGCGACGAGGGCAGCGGCAGCGGCAGUGGCUGUACAGAGGGAUGUACCACAGAGUUUGUCUUUGUGGGUUCAGAAGCCCCCGUGGUGGGAGCAGACAGGAGUGAUGGGCGAGCUUCGGCUGCAGCGGGCAGCGCCCCACAUCCUUCCAGACCAUCUCUCCUGCUGCUACUAUCUCUCACAGGCCUGUCCUGGGCCAGGAGAUAAUACCAGCUGGGAGGACACCAGGACAUUACUGCUGCUACUAUCUCUCACAAGCCUGUCCUGGGCCAGGAGAUAAUACCAGCUGGGAGGACACCAGGACAUUACUGCUGUUACUAUCUCUCACAGGCCUGUCCUGGGCCAGGAGAUAAUACCAGCUGGGAGGACACCAGGACAUUACUGCUGCUACUAUCUCUCACAGGCCUGUCCUGGGCCAGGAGAUAAUACCAGCUGGGAGGACACCAGGACAUUACUGCUGCUACUAUCUCUCACAGGCCUGUCCUGGUCCAGGAGAUAAUACCAGCUGGGAGGACACCAGGACAUUACUGCUGCUACUAUCUCUCACAGGCCUGUCCUGGUCCAGGAGAUAAUACCAGCUGGGAGGACACCAGGACAUUACUGCUGCUACUAUCUCUCACAGGCCUGUCCUGGUCCAGGAGAUAAUACCAGCUGGGAGGACACCAGGACAUUACUGCUGCUACUAUCUCUCACAGGCCUGUCCUGGUCCAGGAGAUAAUACCAGCUGGGAGGACACCAGGACAUUACUGCUGCUACUAUCUCUCACAGGCCUGUCCUGGUCCAGGAGAUAAUACCAGCUGGGAGGACACCAGGACAUUACUCUGACUCUGGCACCAAUCAGACAGCCGGUCGUCAUACUAACUGUUGGUGUUCUCUAAACGGAACCGGAACAGGACAGCCCUUUUGGACCCCCACCAGGAAGAGAUAUGGUCACAGUAGGAUACUGUAGUAGACUGAGGAGUGUUGUGGGUGUUGCAGUGAUGCAUCCCGCUUUGUUCCCAAAGAUCUCUCUGCUCUAAUCUGUUCUAAUCUGCUCUGCUCUAAUCUGUUCUGCUCUGUUCUGCUCUAAUCUGUUCUGCUCUAAUCUGUUCUGCUCUAAUCUUCUGCUCUGUUCUGCUCUAAUCUAUUCUGCUCUAAUCUGUUCUGCUCUGUUCUGCUCUAAUCUGUUCUGCUCUAAUCUGUUCUGCUCUAAUCUGCUCUGCUCUGUUCUGCUCUAAUCUGUUCUGCUCUAAUCUGUUCUGCUCUAAUCUGUUCUGCUCUGCUCUAAUCUGCUCUGCUCUAAUCUGUUCUGCUCUGCUCUAGUCUGUUCUGCUCUGCUCUAAUCUGUUCUGCUCUGCUCUAAUCUGUUCUGCUCUGCUCUAAUCUUUUCUGCUCUGCUCUGCUCUAAUCUGCUCUGCUCUAAUCUGUUCUGCUCUGCUCUUCUCUGCUCUUCUCUAGUCUGUUCUGCUCUGCUCUAGUCUGUUCUGCUCUGCUCUAAUCUGUUCUGCUCUGCUCUAAUCUGCUCUGCUCUAAUCUGCUCUGCUCUAAUCUGUUCUGCUCUAAUCUGCUCUGCUCUAAUCUGUUCUGCUCUGCUCUAAUCUGCUCUGCUCUAAUCUGCUCUGCUCUAAUCUGUUCUGCUCUAAUCUGCUCUGCUCUUCUCUGCUCUUCUCUAGUCUGUUCUGCUCUGCUCUAAUCUGUUCUGCUCUGCUCUAAUCUGUUCUGUUCUGCUCUAAUCUGCUCUGUUCUGCUCUAAUCUGCUCUGCUCUAAUCUGUUCUGCUCUAAUCUGCUCUGCUCUAAUCUGCUCUAAUCUGUUCUGUUCUGCUCUGCUCUAAUCUGUUCUGCUCUAAUUUGCUCUGCUCUAAUCUGCUCUAAUCUGUUCUGUUCUGCUCUGCUCUAAUCUGCUCUGCUCUAAUCUGUUCUGUUCUGCUCUGCUCUGCUCUAAUCUGCUCUGCUCUAAUCUGUUCUGUUCUGCUCUGUUCUGCUCUAAUCUGUUCUGCUCUAAUCUGUUCUGCUCUAAUCUGUUCUGCUCUAAUCUGUUCUGCUCUAAUCUGCUCUGCUCUGUUCUGCUCUAAUCUGUUCUGCUCUAAUCUGUUCUGCUCUGCUCUAAUCUGUUCUGCUCUGCUCUAAUCUGUUCUGCUCUGCUCUAAUCUGCUCUGCUCUGUUCUGCUCUAAUCUGUUCUGCUCUAAUCUGUUCUGCUCUGCUCUAAUCUGUUCUGUUCUGCUCUGCUCUGUUCUGCUCUAAUCUGUUCUGCUCUAAUCUGUUCUGCUCUGCUCUAAUCUGCUCUGCUCUAAUCUGUUCUGCUCUGCUCUAGUCUGUUCUGCUCUGCUCUAAUCUGUUCUGCUCUGCUCUAAUCUGUUCUGCUCUGCUCUAAUCUGUUCUGCUCUGCUCUAAUCUGCUCUGCUCUGUUCUGCUCUAAUCUGUCCUGCUCUAAUCUGUUCUGCUCUGCUCUAAUCUGUUCUGCUCUGCUCUAAUCUGUUCUGCUCUAAUCUGUUCUGCUCUGCUCUAAUCUGCUCUGCUCUAAUCUGUUCUGCUCUGCUCUAGUCUGUUCUGCUCUGCUCUAAUCUGUUCUGCUCUGCUCUAAUCUGUUCUGCUCUGCUCUAAUCUGUUCUGCUCUGCUCUAAUCUGCUCUGCUCUGUUCUGCUCUAAUCUGUUCUGCUCUAAUCUGUUCUGCUCUGCUCUAAUCUGUUCUGCUCUGCUCUAAUCUGUUCUGCUCUGCUCUAAUCUGUUCUGCUCUGCUCUAAUCUGCUCUGCUCUAAUCUGUUCUGCUCUGCUCUAGUCUGUUCUGCUCUGCUCUAAUCUGCUCUGCUCUAAUCUGUUCUGCUCUGCUCUAAUCUGCUCUGCUCUAAUCUGUUCUGCUCUGCUCUAGUCUGUUCUGCUCUGCUCUAAUCUGUUCUGCUCUGCUCUAAUCUGUUCUGCUCUGCUCUAAUCUUUUCUGCUCUGCUCUGCUCUAAUCUGCUCUGCUCUAAUCUGUUCUGCUCUGCUCUUCUCUGCUCUUCUCUAGUCUGUUCUGCUCUGCUCUAGUCUGUUCUGCUCUAAUCUGUUCUGCUCUGCUCUAAUCUGCUCUGCUCUAUUCUGCUCUGCUCUAAUCUGUUCUGCUCUAAUCUGCUCUGCUCUGCUCUAAUCUGCUCUGCUCUAAUCUGCUCUGCUCUAAUCUGUUCUGCUCUAAUCUGCUCUGCUCUUCUCUGCUCUUCUCUAGUCUGUUCUGCUCUGCUCUAAUCUGUUCUGCUCUGCUCUAAUCUGUUCUGUUCUGCUCUAAUCUGCUCUGUUCUGCUCUAAUCUGCUCUGCUCUAAUCUGUUCUGCUCUAAUCUGCUCUGCUCUAAUCUGCUCUAAUCUGUUCUGUUCUGCUCUGCUCUAAUCUGUUCUGCUCUAAUCUGCUCUGCUCUAAUCUGCUCUAAUCUGUUCUGUUCUGCUCUGCUCUAAUCUGCUCUGCUCUAAUCUGUUCUGUUCUGCUCUGCUCUAAUCUGCUCUGUUCUAAUCUGUUCUGCUCUAAUCUGCUCUGCUCUAAUCUGCUCUAAUCUGUUCUGUUCUGCUCUGCUCUAAUCUGUUCUGCUCUAAUCUGCUCUGCUCUUCUCUGCUCUAAUCUGCUCUGCUCUGUUCUGCUCUAAUCUGUUCUGCUCUAAUCUGUUCUGCUCUGCUCUAAUCUGUUCUGCUCUGCUCUAAUCUGUUCUGCUCUGCUCUAAUCUGCUCUGCUCUGUUCUGCUCUAAUCUGUUCUGCUCUAAUCUGUUCUGCUCUGCUCUAAUCUGUUCUGUUCUGCUCUGCUCUGUUCUGCUCUAAUCUGUUCUGCUCUAAUCUGUUCUGCUCUGCUCUAAUCUGCUCUGCUCUAAUCUGUUCUGCUCUGCUCUAGUCUGUUCUGCUCUGCUCUAAUCUGUUCUGCUCUGCUCUAAUCUGUUCUGCUCUGCUCUAAUCUGUUCUGCUCUGCUCUAAUCUGCUCUGCUCUGUUCUGCUCUAAUCUGUCCUGCUCUAAUCUGUUCUGCUCUGCUCUAAUCUGUUCUGCUCUGCUCUAAUCUGUUCUGCUCUAAUCUGUUCUGCUCUGCUCUAAUCUGCUCUGCUCUAAUCUGUUCUGCUCUGCUCUAGUCUGUUCUGCUCUGCUCUAAUCUGUUCUGCUCUGCUCUAAUCUGUUCUGCUCUGCUCUAAUCUGUUCUGCUCUGCUCUAAUCUGCUCUGCUCUGUUCUGCUCUAAUCUGUUCUGCUCUAAUCUGUUCUGCUCUGCUCUAAUCUGUUCUGCUCUGCUCUAAUCUGUUCUGCUCUGCUCUAAUCUGUUCUGCUCUGCUCUAAUCUGCUCUGCUCUAAUCUGUUCUGCUCUGCUCUAGUCUGUUCUGCUCUGCUCUAAUCUGCUCUGCUCUAAUCUGUUCUGCUCUGCUCUAAUCUGCUCUGCUCUAAUCUGUUCUGCUCUGCUCUAGUCUGUUCUGCUCUGCUCUAAUCUGUUCUGCUCUGCUCUAAUCUGUUCUGCUCUGCUCUAAUCUUUUCUGCUCUGCUCUGCUCUAAUCUGCUCUGCUCUAAUCUGUUCUGCUCUGCUCUUCUCUGCUCUUCUCUAGUCUGUUCUGCUCUGCUCUAGUCUGUCCUGCUCUAAUCUGUUCUGCUCUGCUCUAAUCUGCUCUGCUCUAUUCUGCUCUGCUCUAAUCUGUUCUGCUCUAAUCUGCUCUGCUCUGCUCUAAUCUGCUCUGCUCUAAUCUGCUCUGCUCUAAUCUGUUCUGCUCUAAUCUGCUCUGCUCUUCUCUGCUCUUCUCUAGUCUGUUCUGCUCUGCUCUAAUCUGUUCUGCUCUGCUCUAAUCUGUUCUGUUCUGCUCUAAUCUGCUCUGUUCUGCUCUAAUCUGCUCUGCUCUAAUCUGUUCUGCUCUAAUCUGCUCUGCUCUAAUCUGCUCUAAUCUGUUCUGUUCUGCUCUGCUCUAAUCUGUUCUGCUCUAAUCUGCUCUGCUCUAAUCUGCUCUAAUCUGUUCUGUUCUGCUCUGCUCUAAUCUGCUCUGCUCUAAUCUGUUCUGUUCUGCUCUGCUCUAAUCUGCUCUGUUCUAAUCUGUUCUGCUCUAAUCUGCUCUGCUCUAAUCUGCUCUAAUCUGUUCUGUUCUGCUCUGCUCUAAUCUGUUCUGCUCUAAUCUGCUCUGCUCUAAUCUGCUCUAAUCUGUUCUGUUCUGCUCUGCUCUAAUCUGCUCUGCUCUAAUCUGUUCUGUUCUGCUCUGCUCUAAUCUGCUCUGCUCUAAUCUGUUCUGUUCUACUCUGCUCUGCUCUAAUCUGUUCUGUUCUACUCUGCUCUGCUCUAAUCUGUUCUGUUCUACUCUGUUCUGCUCUAAUCUGCUCUAAUCUGCUCUGCUCUAAUCUGUUCUGUUCUGCUCUGCUCUAAUCUGUUCUGUUCUAAUCUGUUCUGUUCUACUCUGCUCUGCUCUAAUCUGUUCUGUUCUACUCUGUUCUGCUCUAAUCUGCUCUAAUCUGCUCUAAUCUGCUCUGCUCUAAUCUGUUCUGUUCUGCUCUGCUCUAAUCUGUUCUGUUCUGCUCUGCUCUAAUCUGUUCUGUUCUACUCUGUUCUGCUCUAAUCUGCUCUAAUCUGCUCUAAUCUGCUCUGCUCUAAUCUGUUCUGUUCUGCUCUGCUCUAAUCUGUUCUGUUCUGCUCUGCUCUAAUCUGUUCUGUUCUACUCUGUUCUGCUCUAAUCUGCUCUAAUCUGCUCUAAUCUGCUCUGCUCUAAUCUGUUCUGUUCUGCUCUGCUCUAAUCUGCUCUACUCUGCUCUGCUCUAAUCUGUUCUGUUCUACUCUAAUCUGUUCUGUUCUGCUCUAAUCUGCUCUAAUCUGUUCUGUUCUACUCUGCUCUGCUCUAAUCUGUUCUGAUUCAAACCUGAUUCUAAGGUACGUUGUUCCUCAAGCUCACUGUCCUCACGAUGAGAGGGGGACGAUCCUAACUGGACAACCGGGCUCCUUUGUGUCCCUGUGUGUCCACUACCAGUAAAUAUCAGUGGAUAUGUUGGCAAAAAAACAUUGACCAAGGCCAUCAUUUUACAUCAAAUGCCGUGUUUUUCUUUCAGCAUCUCCCUGAACUCCACAACGUUUCCCUGAGACAACAACAACAACAACAAUACACGAUAUUUAUUAAAAUAACAAAAUAUGUUCAAAACCAAUCAAAUAUGAUUCUUUAGAGGUUCCUACACAAGUACAUAUUUUAUUGUCAAGUUAUCUCUAUUUAAACACGCACCAUAAUGAGAUGUAUCUCACGUCUUCGCUCAAGCCACGCACUCGCCACGUUCUGCUUCCUGAAAUAAGGUCCCUCCCCCAAUUCAUACAUCAUACCAACAUUCUGCUUCCUGAAAUAAGGACCCUCCCCCAAUUCAUACAUCACACCAACGUUCUGCUUCCUGAAAUAAGGUCCCUCCCCUAAUUCAUACAUCAUACCAACAUUCUGCUUCCUGAAAUAAGGUCCCUCCCCUAAUUCAUACAUCAUACCAACUUCUGCUUCCUGAAAUAAGGUCCCUCCCCUAAUUCAUACAUCAUACCAACAUUCUGCUUCCUGAAAUAAGGACCCUCCCCCAAUUCAUACAUCAUACCAACAUUCUGCUUCCUGAAAUUAGGUCCCUCCCCCAAUUCAUACAUCAUACCAACAUUCUGCUUCCUGAAAUAAGGACCCUCCCCCAAUUCAUACAUCAUACCAACAUUCUGCUUCCUGAAAUAAGGUCCCUCCCCCAAUUCAUACAUCAUACCAACAUUCUGCUUCCUGAAAUAAGGUCCCUCCCCCAAUUCAUACAUCAUACCAACAUUCUGCUUCCUGAAAUAAGGACCCUCCCCCAAUUCAUACAUCAUACCAGCAUUCUGCACCUCACUAGGAUUGUUUACAGACGUCAACACAUAUUGUCAUGUGUAAACAUGUUAAAACAUUCAUAUGGGACUGUGUUUGAAGGGCAAAACUGAUUUAUUUUUUUGUUUAAUUCAGUUGCCUGAGGGCAGCUAUGAACAGUGGAGAGAUAUUACUGUCUGAAAUGUUCGGUCUUACCUCUUCUCUCCUCUGGCUGAAUUCAUGACUUCUGUUUGAGUCUCCAUGUGUUGGUAACCUCUCCUCUCCUCUGGCUGAAUUCAUGACUUCUGUUUGAGUUUCCAUGUGUUGGUAACCUCUUCUCUCCUCUGGCUGAAUUCAUGACUUCUGUUUGAGUCUCCAUUUGUUGGUAACCUCUCCUCUUCUCUGGCUGAAUUCAUGACUUCUGUUUGAGUUUCCAUGUGUUGGUAACCUCUUCUCUUCUCUGGCUGAAUUCAUGACUUCUGUUUGAGUCUCCAUGUGUUGGUAACCUCUUCUCUCCUCUGGCUGAAUUCAUGACUUCUGUGUUAGUUUCCAUGUGUUGGUAACCUCUCCUCUCCUCUGACUGAUUUCAUGACUUCUGUUUGAGUCUCCAUGUGUUGGUAACCUCUCCUCUCCUCUGACUGAAUUCAUGGCUUCUGUUUGAGUCUCCAUGUGUUGGUAACCUCUCCUCUCCUCUGACUGAAUUCAUGGCUUCUGUUUGAGUUUCCAUGUGUUGGUAACCUCUCCUCUCCUCUGACUGAAUUCAUGGCUUCUGUUUGAGUCUCCAUGUGUUGGUAACCUCUCCUCUCCUCUGACUGAUUUCAUGACUUCUGUUUGAGUCUCCAUGUGUUGGUAACCUCUCCUCUCCUCUGACUGAAUUCAUGGCUUCUGUUUGAGUCUCCAUGUGUUGGUAACCUCUCCUCUCCUCUGGCUGAAUUCAUGGCUUCUGUGUUAGUUUCCAUGUGUUGGUAACCUCUCCUCUCCUCUGACUGAUUUCAUGACUUCUGUUUGAGUCUCCAUGUGUUGGUAACCUCUCCUCUCCUCUGACUGAAUUCAUGGCUUCUGUUUGAGUCUCCAUGUGUUGGUAACCUCUCCUCUCCUCUGACUGAUUUCAUGACUUCUGUUUGAGUCUCCAUGUGUUGCUAACCUCUCCUCUCCUCUGGCUGAAUUCAUGACUUCUGUGUUAGUUUCCAUGUGUUGGUAACCUCUCCUCUCCUCUGACUGAUUUCAUGACUUCUGUUUGAGUCUCCAUGUGUUGGUAACCUCUCCUCUCCUCUGACUGAAUUCAUGGCUUCUGUUUGAGUCUCCAUGUGUUGGUAACCUCUCCUCUCCUCUGACUGAUUUCAUGACUUCUGUUUGAGUCUCCAUGUGUUGCUAACCUCUCCUCUCCUCUGGCUGAAUUCAUGACUUCUGUGUUAGUUUCCAUGUGUUGGUAACCUCUUCUCUCCUCUGACUGAAUUCAUGACUUCUGUUUGAGUCUCCAUGUGUUGCUAACCUCUCCUCUCCUCUGGCUGAAUUCAUGACUUCUGUUUGAGUUUCCAUGUGUUGGUAACCUCUUCUCUCCUCUGACUGAAUUCAUGACUUCUGUUUGAGUCUCCAUGUGUUGCUAACCUCUCCUCUCCUCUGACUGAAUUCAUGACUUCUGUUUGAGUUCAUCAGUUUAUUUGUCAUCAGAUUCAAAACUCUAAGUUAUAAAUCUGUCUUGGGUGGAUGGCAGAGUAUCAAUGUUUGGUUUAAAAAAAAAUAACUAUCCCAAAAAGAGAUCUACCAUCACGAUUGUUUUGUUUUCCUUUAAUUUCCACUUUUUCUAUUAUUCUAUAAGUUAACUUUUAAAUACUGUUUAUGUUCCGCGAAAUGAUGUGCCGUCUUGUCCGACAGAAAGACGUGAAGGAGGUACUACGUUUUAAUUAGACACUUAAAGUUUAAUGUUUCUGAAGGAGAAGUGAGGAGCCUCAUUUCAUAGUUUUAAGUUAUUCCCAGAGUACACUGCUGCUGCAUUAAACUAGUCGGGGUGGAUCGGGACGAUCGUCCGUCGGACGGAAAAAAAGGUCAAUGGAUUGCUUGUUUGGGUUUUCUUACACGUUCUUGUAUACAGAAUAAUUAUGAAUGAGUACAAAUAAACAUUUUAUUAACAAAAUAACAA